GUACAACUGAGUCCCUAUCGUGAUGAUGAUGAUGAUGCUGAUAAUGAUGGUGGUUGUGGUGAUGAUGAUGAUGAUGGCGAUGAUGAUGAUGAUGAUGAUGAUGACGAUGAUGGUGAUGAUGAUGAUGAUAAUGAUGGUGGUUGUGGUGAUGAUGAUGAUGAAAUUAAUUUUGAUCUUGGAAUAUUCAAGGGUCUUCAGGCGCAGGCCGAAGUUUAA